CAGAUGUGGUAUAACAAGUGGUCUACAAACCACUGGUGUUAUUAGCACUGGUUGAGGCAAUAUAAAUUGUGGUAAGAUUUUAUGCUAGUCUUGUCAUUACCUGCCGUUUGAUAAGUGGCUUGGCUUGCUUCCUACUGACAAUGCCAUAAUUGAAUGGAUCUUCCAUGCAUUAUGCCAUCACAAAUUUGUAGUUGUGCUUCCUGAGUGGCGAGUAUUGAUCGAUGUGGAGUGUGAUUCACAAUGCGGGUGUGUGCAUGAUGAUGGGAGGUGCUCAAGACCAAGCUCAGAGGGGUUCACAGUUGCAGAUGCUACGGAUUAUACUGUUGGAUAUUUAACCAGUACACGCAGGUAAUCUUAGAAGUAAAUUAUCUGACAGAAUUCACAAAAGAAUAUGUUUUGUUCAUUUUCAACCUCAGUAUACAGGCACUUUGGGAAACAUUUGUUGCAUGAUUCUUUUAAUUUAUCAUGAAAACAGGAUGUUGCAAUAUUGAUUUAUUGCUGUCUGAGAGAAAUUAGUCUAUAGUCAAGUUAUUUAGGUUAUUAUAAUACCAUUGCAGUGCUUUGCAUGUGUGUCUCACUCCAUGUGUAUUCUCUCCACUUUGCUCUGCAUAAGAUGACAACUCAUUUAAAGCUUCCUGUGAAUGAUCAGGAUGGUGUCGAGCUUGAGAAAAUAGGGGACCAUGUGUCUGUUGAAGGAAGCAUCCCCAAGCCAGUGAUGGGCAGUCCAUCUAAAAAGAUGAUGGCCAAGUUGGUCAGUGGGGUACGCAGACUGAGUACCAUCUCAGAGCAAGAACCCGACAAGCCGAACCCCAUUUCCUAUGAUUCCUUGGGUGGCAGUGAAUGGGGUGGAUCCAGCUUCUCCAUGUGUUCUGACAAGUUUAAGAACAGCAGCAGCCUUUUUUCCUCUGAUGAUUCAUACCAGCCUGGCACCGGAGCAGACGACUGUGCAGCACUUCUUCUCGCCUGUUUGCAUUGUCGUUUCCAUGAGUUAAUGGUCCUGCUACUGGAUACGUGUGAGAGGACUGUGAGCCGCUGUUUUCCCUCAUACAAAUACAUCAAGGCGUCCAGUGAGAGAGACCAGCAGGGAAAGGAUUGCUGCGAUCAUGAGCUGGACCUGGACUGUAACUGUUGUGGUUCCUGCCAGGACGCAGGAGAACUUAUAGAGCUGGCCAUGGAGAUAUCAGAGAUGUGCUAUCACUGAGAAAUUCAUUCUCUGCCUUUCACCUCUGACCUGCAAACACAAAUCACAAACAUUAUAAAUCGUAAAAACUUGAAUGCGCAAAAAACAGCAUGACUGUCUCAUCUUAUUCAUAUAUAUGUAAUAAAUUGCCUGCAUUACUAAGGGUUUUUUCUAUUGGCCUCGUGGAAAUUCACAUGAUCUGUAGCUUGUGUGUCUCAACAUUAUUUAAGCAGGUAACUACUGCCACCCUUUGGGACAGGAGUCCUCCUGUACGUUUUAGGUGUCACUCCAUAAAGCAUGACAGAGUAGGCUGAAAUAUUUGAUUGAUUUUACGUUUUUUAUUUUAUGUUAUUAAAAUGUUUUCAUCUAUAAUUUGUUCAGGUUCAUUGGUCACACUGUAUGUUCACUCUAUAUACUCCUUGGUUAUGCAUCCAUUAGUAUUCCCCAUUGACUGUGGGAGGUGAAAUACCUUUUUAUUUUAGGCUGCGGUCAAUCAUGUGUAAAAUAUGUACAGUAGUGGUGGAAGAAGUAUUCAGAUCCUAUAUUUAAGUAAAAGCAGCAUAAAAGUACUCCAUUACAAGUAAAAGUCCUGCAUUCAAAUAUUGACUUAAAAGAGUACGCAUUGCACUCCUAUAGAAUUGUCAGACUCAAGAUGGGCAGUUUUUAAAAAAAAGUAUCACAAUCAGAGAUAUCGUCUUUUUUAUUCAACGCAUUCUUCUACCUUGUUAAAACCCUACUAGGUAUGGGACGAUAUGUAAUUUUAUCACAGAUUGGGAUAAAAAACACUCAAGAUAAAUUGAUGGUGGUGAAUUUCCAAUCGGGAUUAUCGUGAGUAUCCUCACGAGUGACUUGAAAAGCCCAAUGCCAAUGCCAGUUGGACUUUAUUUUUGUUAAAGUAAUAAUAAUAAUAAUAAUUCCUGUAUUUCUUAAGUCAGGGGUGAAUUAUAUAUACUCAUGUAAUUGAUGAAAUUGCUGUCUGUACUAUUUGACAUCAUGGUAGAGAAGUGAAAAAUAGAGCCUGAUUUAUUAUCAUUAAAAAGAACAGACUCACACAAUGUUGCU